AUGGAGGUCAUACAGGAAGACUCGAUUAUCGCAGAUGGAUCUGAUGAGUCGGAAUAUUGCCCAUUCGAGUUGCCGGAAGACGAGUUCGGCGAAUUGAUGUUCUCGAGGCGGCUGGCCGCAGAGCGGUCUUCAUCCCCCGCGACGUCUGGACACCCGGAGUCCCGACGAGGGAGUACAGUCGCAGACACAGAUGAACCCAGAUCGUCUCCAGCACCACCACGAGGUCGUCGAGGCAAAGCUGGCCGUCGAGGCAGAGCCACAAGGCUUCAGGUCGAGGUCGAGAACCCCAAAAAGCCGUCUUCCGAUAGAGCCAGCGCAGCAAACGAAGACGAGGAGAUGGAGGACGCGGGUGCGAACGAAGAUGAGGGCGAUGAGGAAGGCACAGAUGGCGGGAAAGAGGACAGCGAAGAAGAAGAGGCAGAGGCAGAGGCAGCGAGCUCUCCUGCCAUGCGAAACGCGAGAACGCAGAGCUCACGGUCCAAGAAGGGCCGUCCUGCGACUGGUCCUGGAAGACGCGGACGACGUCGCUAA